CGCUGGCUCCGCACUAACACAUACCUCCCUCCUCUCUCUGUGUUUCCUCUUGAAAAAAAGGGAUUACUAAAUUCUGCCUUUCAGCCGUAUCAAUCAUCUUUUUGAAACCUGCUGCUGUGAGAUGACAGCUGGAAGAAGUGACAUACGGAUUGUGAGCGCCGCUUCUGACAGCUGAGCUCCUUCGGCAAUGCCACAGCCCAGUCUCCGAUGAGAGGAUGAGAACCUACACCCGCGGGGCGCCCACUGUCUUCUUCAUAAGUCUUCUGUGGCCCCUGCUCUCUCCGGCAGCUGUAGCCGAGGUGGACCCCAGCGGAGGAAUCCCCUUCAUGGGGGGCAACUACAAUGGUCAUCCCAUGCUGUACUUCAGCCGUGGGGAUGUGGAACAGCUGCAGUACGCAGCUGCGGGGACUCACCGAGAGAUGGCGAGACGAAUCCGUGAGGCCGGGGAGACCAUGCUAGAGCACCCCGAGGAGUACCUGCCCCCCUGGAGCCCGGCCGAGUUCAGCGCCCGCUGGAAUGAGGUUUAUGGAAACAACCUGGGCGUCCUGUCCAUGUUCUGCCUGCUGUACCCACACAGGGCCGGGGCCCUCGAUCUGGUCAAGGACUACAUGGAGAGGAUGGCAGCCCAGCCUAGUUGGCUUGUUAAAGACGCUCCCUGGGAUGAAGUUCCUCUUGCACACUCUUUAGUUGGAUUUGCCACUGCCUACGACUUCCUGUAUGAGUACUUGAACAAGGGCCAGCAGGAACGUUUCCUGCAGGUGAUCGGCAACGCAUCACGCCUGAUGUAUGAGAAGUCCUACGUCCGAGGGUGGGGGUUUCAGUACCUACACAACCAUCAGCCUACCAACUGUGUGGCUCUGCUCACAGGAAGUCUGGUUUACAUGAUGCAGGGUUACCUUCAGGAGGCCUACCUGUGGACAAAGCAAGUCCUGUCCAUCAUGGAGAAGUCCAUGGUUCUCCUGCAGGAUGUGACCGACGGUUCCCUGUAUGAAGGAGUAGCAUAUGGGACUUACACCACCCGCUCUCUCUUCCAGUACAUGUUCCUGGUGCAACGCCACUUUGCCAUCGGCCACUUCGACCACUCUUGGCUACUUAAACACUUUGCCUUUCUGUACAGGACCAUCCUGCCCGGAUUUCAGCGAACUGUAGCAAUUGCAGAUUCCAACUAUAACUGGUUCUACGGGCCAGAGAGCCAGCUGGUAUUUUUGGACCGCUAUGUGUUGCGUAAUGGCAGUGGAAACUGGCUGGCAGAUCUGAUUCAUCAAAACAGGGUAAUGGAAGGGCCGGGGCAAGCUGGAAAAGGCCAGCGAUGGUGUACUCUCCACACAGAGUUCAUUUGGUAUGACCCAGGCCUGGUCCCCAAACCCCCAUCAGAUUUUGGAACACCCAAGCUCCACUACUUUGAGGACUGGGGCGUGGUAACAUAUGGAAGCGCUUUACCCGUCAAAACCAACAGCUCUUUUCUGUCCUUCAAGUCAGGGAAGCUGGGGGGACGUGCCAUCUUUGACAUUGUUCAUAAGAACAAGUACAAAGAGUGGAUUAAAGGGUGGAGGAACUUUAAUGCCGGCCACGAACACCCUGAUCAGAACUCUUUCACGUUUGCGCCCAACGGUGUCCCGUUCGUCACUGAGGCACUCUAUGGACCAAAGUAUACCUUGUUAAACAAUGCAGUUUUGUUUAGCUCAGCCUUCUCAGGGAGUUGCUUUAAGCCAUGGGCUGGACAGGUUACAGAAGCCUGUGAUUCCAAGUGGUUAAAGUACAAGAUGGGGCCAGCUGCUGAUGCUCAGGGGAGAGUGGAAGCUGCUAUAGAGAGGAAGGGCAUGAUCUUUAUCCGAGGAGAAGGACGUUCUGCUUACAAUCCAGAACUGAAGAUCAGGAAUGUCCAGAGGAACCUGCUCCUUCUUCAUCCACAGCUCCUGCUUGUUGUCGACCACAUCCACCUGGAUCCUGACAGCCCCGUCCGUGCCAUGAGUGCCUUCUUUCACAACACGGAGCUGCCAUUCCAAGGUACAAAGGUAGAUGGUGUUCAUGGAGCGUUUAUAUCACACGGGGAGGAUAAAUAUAAGAUGUUCUGGAUGGACGACACAAACUACAGUAACAAAGGGGUGGUAGGCUACUGGAAUUACCCUCGAGGAUACCCUUAUAAUGGCUCCAACUAUGUGAAUGUCACAAUGCCAUUGAGGUACCCUCACACUAGGAUGGCCUACAUUUUCUUUGGACCAGGUGUGGAUGUGCAGAGCUUUAGCCUGCGUGGAGAUAAUGAGAGGGUGGAUAUCUACCUGGCCACCAAGAAACACAUCUACACAAUUUACCUGUUGACUGCAGAGGUCACCAGCAAGCCACUUUUUGCCAUGGUGCUACUGGACAACGAGAAGAUCGUAUUUGAGAAGGAAGCAGCUGAGGUUAGCAGCUUUCCAGAGGAAGUGGAGGAAUACGUCAGCCUAAUGGAGGACAACCUCCAACACGUCAAGCCCGUCUUCCAGCAGAUGGAGAGGCACAUCCUUGGACGCGUCCUCAACACCGUCAGCUUCCGAAAGACAGCAGAGCGCCUCCUCCAGUUCACUGACAAGAAGAAGACGGAGGAAGCCAUUGAGAAGAUGUUCGCUAUGUCCAGAAAACAGAGCAAAGGUAAGGGGGGGAAGAGAGUGAACCUCGGAGACAAGCUCUCAGAGACUCUACCUGACAUUUUUGCACAGAUUGAGGUGAACGAAAAGAAAGAGAGACAGAGAACUUCAAAGCGCACAUAUGAUGACAGUCCAGAAGAGGGCGAUGCAGAUACGCGAGCCUUUGUGGAUUACGCGGACAGCCGCAAGAACAGAAAGGGGGGCUUUUUUAAGGGUCGCAAAUUCAAGGAAGUUCACAUGGUCGCCACAGCAGGAAGCGACAGUUUACCCAGCACGGCUUCCUACAUACGCCUGUUCCUCCUCCUGAACAUGGCCACCUUCUUUUUACUGCUGGCUGUACUGCUGACUCGCUUUAAGAGGGGUCGGAGUCUGUACACACAGAGAUGUUUCUACAGCAUCCUUCUGAUCGACUGCUUCAUCCUGCUGUACCUCUACUCCUCCUGCUCUCACACGCAGUGCUGACAUCACGAGUGUACUGAGCACGCCAGCUGAUCCGUGUGCAGUUUGAAUGACCUCACACCUCACUCUGAGCCAGGUCUUAUGACAGGAUAGUAAGGCCACUGUUCCAUAAAACAGAACUGAGAUUUCAAGAAAAAAAAAUGGGAAAAAGGUGGAAUGUUCAAAGAUUAAUUUUACAAGAAAAGUGUUGAUGGUGUGAGACAAAGUUAAAUCACAAAUCCAGCUUCCAUCACAUAGUAUGAGCAUCUUGUAACAUUACAGCUGGUAUCAGUCAGGCAAGUUUUGCUCCUAAUCUCAUGAUUUCUAGCGCAUCUUAUUAUCACCUGUAUUGUUGUAAUAUCACAACUUUUGCUUUUAUUCUCACGAGUGUGUAAUAAUUCCAAAGCCAAGAAUGAAAUCAUGGUACAAACAUUCACCAUAACAUCUUCUCGUACUGCGAUACCCACAUGGAGCUGUAAACGCCAAGUUAAAGAGUGCUAGGCUGGUGAAAGCUGUAAUGAUGUCAGACUGCUCAGGUAAAUAAUGAACUUGAAAUACAGAAUCAGAAUAAUAGAGAGUUUGUUUGUGGUGUGUUUAUUUUUUAUUUCAAGCACAAAGAGAAAGCAGCAUAUAUGUGCCAGUGGGAGGGCACUAAAGGUAUCCACGGUGUACUUUCAGCUCCUCCCUUAUUUCCACAGUGGAUGGAUCCAUGUUUUGAUUAGGCACAGAAUUUAUACCAGAUUUUACUCUUAUUUUUUAAUUUUUAUAUGUAUAAAAAACAGUUAAUGGUAAUGUUAGAUAAUUAAUUUGCAUGAGCUAAUUUAAUGUUUGUUGCUUUUUUCUGAGAAACAUUCCCUGACUCAGGAUUGGCAGAGAGUCAGCUUUGUGAAACACUGGCAGAAACGUUAAACCCCGCCCCCACCCACAUAUACUUCUAAUAAUUUGUUUUAUUUGAAUAAAAACAACUUUUUAGCAUUUGAAGAUUUUUAUUUGAACUUUUUUGCGUACAAAACAAUCUUGGAAUGUUGACUUUAAUGUUGUGAUAUAAAUCUUAAAGUUCUGUACUUACACAGCCCAAAAUCACACAUUUACCUCAGGGCUACUUAAUGAUUACUGGUCUAUAGAUCAGGACUGCAUUCUGGUAAUGAGUGUAUACUUAUGGGAAAAAACAGUAGUCUUUUUUUUUGUCAUCUCACAGAAAAAUCAUAGUAUGAGACAUGCAGUAUACAUAAACAUUUACUGUAAGAGUUUUGUCUUUUCCAUGUGGGUAUUUCUGAAGUCUCUGACUGUUUCUAACAGUGGCUUUAAUUCUGUGGGAUGUAAUGAGUGUCUGUUUAGGAAAAGCAGUGAUUCCAAGUAGGAAUGUUUGAAUUGCCAAGAUAAGAGGAGACGACCUCUAAUAUAAUAAGCUUCUGUGGAGCUUUAGAGAUCUGUGUGAAGUACACUGAGGUGUUCUCAACUACAAUGCCAUCUCCACAUUUGUACUUGAGAUUUGUCUUGCUCUACACAAUUGAUAGCAACACUUGUAAAUGUAUAUAUUUUAUGUUAAAGCGAAAAUAUAUUUUUUGGUCUCUCUUUUUUUACCAUUUGUAAAUAAAGUUAGAACAUGCAGAAGUUUCAA